GGCGCUGUGGGCGGCGGCUCGGCGGAAGCCGGAAGCGGCGGGAUGGCGGGACCGGGGCCGGGGCCGGGCUGGGGGCCCCCGCGGCUGGACGGCUUCGUGCUCACCGAGCGUCUGGGCAGCGGCACCUACGCCACAGUCUACAAGGCCUACGCCAAGAAGGACACUCGCGAGGUGGUGGCUGUCAAGUGUGUGGCCAAGAGGAGCCUCAACAGGGCGUCUGUGGAGAACCUGCUGACAGAGAUCGAGAUCCUCAAAGGCGUGCGGCACCCCCACAUCGUGCAGCUCAGGGACUUCCAGUGGGAUGCCGACAACAUCUACCUCAUCAUGGAGUUCUGUGCGGGCGGCGACCUCUCCCGCUUCAUCCACUCCCGCCGCGUCCUGCCCGAGAAGGUGGCCCGCGUCUUCGUGCAGCAGCUGGCCAGUGCCCUGCAGUUCCUCCACGAGCGGAACAUCUCUCACCUGGACCUGAAGCCCCAGAACAUUCUGCUGAGCUCCCUGGAGAGGCCCCACCUCAAACUGGCAGAUUUCGGCUUCGCGCGGCACAUGUCCCCCUGGGACGAGAAGCACGUGCUCCGAGGCUCCCCGCUCUACAUGGCGCCCGAGAUGGUGUGCCGGGGACAGUAUGACGCUCGUGCAGACCUGUGGUCAGUGGGCGUCAUCCUGUAUGAAGCCCUCUUCGGCCGCCCACCUUUCGCCUCCAGGUCCUUCUCAGAGCUGGAGGAGAAGAUCCGCAGCAGCCGAGCCAUUGAGCUCCCCCCGAGGCCCCAGCUGUCCCAGGCCUGCCGUGACCUCCUGCAGCGCCUGCUAGAGCGAGACCCUGCCCGCCGCCUCUCCUUCCAGGACUUCUUCUCCCAUCCCUGGGUGGACCUGGAGCACAUGCCCAGUGGGGAGAGCCUGGCCCGGGCGACGGCCCUGGUGGUGCAGGCGGUGGAGAGAGACCAGCAGGGGGAUGCGGCGGCUGCCCUGAGCCUCUACUGCCAGGCCCUGGACUUCUUGGUGCCCGCCCUGCACUAUGAAGUGGACGCACAGCAGAAGGAGAUCCUGAGGGCAAAGGUGAGGCAGUACGUGUCCAGAGCCGAGGAGCUCAAGGCCAUCGUGUCGUCCAGCCAGGCCCCGCUAAGGCGGGGGGCCUCUGCCCGGGACCUGCUCAGAGAGAUGGGCCGGGACAAGCCGCGCCUGUUGGCCGCCUUGGACGUGGCCUCAGCGGCCGAGGCCAAGGGGGACGAGGCCGGCGGCCAGCAGGAUGCCCUGGACCUGUUCCAGCAGAGCCUGGAGGAGCUGCUGCUGCUGCUGGCAGCCGAACCCCCAGGCCGGAGGCGAGAGCUGCUCCACUGCGAGGUGCAGGACCUUAUGGCCCGGGCAGAGGACCUGAAGGAACAGGUCAAGAUGGGAGAUUCCCACUGGGCUGCUCAGAGUCUGGACAAGGAGGGGCUGUCCGAGUCAGUGCGGACCUCUUGUUCUCUGCAGUGACCAGGAGGGACAGCUGGACAGAGCGAGGUCACCAGUGGAGAUGUAGCAGCCAGGCUGAUGCCCAGAGUCCUAAAUCUGCAGCCCCCCAACGGAGAGACCCCCCAGCUCUCACUAGCCCAGGGCCCCUGGGCGUGGGGCCGGCUGAGAAGGGGUCUCAGAGCCCUGCUCUCAUGCAGUGGGGUGACUGUUCUCUGGGCUCAGGCCUCUGCUUGUUCCCCCAGCCCCGCCUAGCCUGGCCCCACCCCAUGAGCCCCCCCCCCCCGCCCAUCAGCAUGUCUGUCCAUCUCUCUCAGGCCUGGAGGUGGUGGUCUGUGUUUGAGGGGGCUCCUGCUCGAACCCUGGACACCGGGACCCUUUGGGGGAUCCUGGGUUUGGCACAGCCCACACAGCACAGCUUGGUGGACACUGAUCCCCAGAAGUGCCCAGGGAUGCUUGGGGGGAUCUCCUGGGGGAGUGCUCCCAGGUGCUGUGAACUGAGUCCUGCUGAGUAAAUCCUUUUCUCAA